AUCAAGUGAAGUAACACUAACACAAAAAAAUAAAAAUAAAGAGAAACAGAGAAAGAAUAGCGAAGAAACGCAAAAAUGGAGGUGGGAAUGUCUCUAAACGCGCUGGUUCGGCUUCCUUUAUCGAGUUCAAGAACCCACGAAGACGUGCUUGUUAAGCACUCGCUUUUCUCUUCUAGAAUCACAACCCUAAAGUCCCCUCGUCAGAGACAAAUGUUGGUAGUUGAAGCUAAGGGGAAAAGAGGAAUGCAACCUCGCCAGUUUCAAAGACCUCCUCCUCCUUCCUUGCCCAAGAUUGAAGACGAUGGCAACCCUCGUUUUGUUAUCUUCAUUCGUAUGGCCAAUGUUUAUCUUUGGUACCCACUUAGUAUAGUAUCAGGGGGCACCACUGCCAAAAUCAUGGUUGCUGCAAAAGAUAAUUUUCUUGGCAAAUAUAUAUACAAAGAUACACUUGCUAGAAAUCUUGCUGCUGUUAUUUACAGGGAUGAGAAGGAGAUACAGAAGACAGCAUUCAAGCAAUUUCGUGUAUUGCGGUCGGCUACUGAAUUCAGAUACGGAUACAAACUUGUGGAAAAUGGCAAUUUGAGAGCUGCACUUUCUACUACUGAUGUCAUUGAGCUUCCAACUCCAGACAAGCUAAAGACAGUGUUUGAUAAAGUGAAAGACAUCUUUGGGGAUGCAAAAGAAUCAUUCGGGAAGCUAACAGCACUAGAUGCCAACGCCACUGAGGACUCAGAGGAAAAUUCUAAGAAAAAAGCCAAGUGAGUUAAACGGAUAUAAGC